AUUAUAAAGUCGAAUGGACUGAAAAUGGUGUCAUAGAAGUCGAGGAUGAUGAACCUUCAAAGAAUAUUUUAGAGAGACCAACUAUCAGCUUUUUUAAUGAAGGUGAUGAAUCUCUUCCUCCGCUACCACCAGCAGAUGAUUUUAUUUCGAGAUUACAAUUCCUACAAGCUCCGUACGAUAUUCCACCAAUUUAUCAAGGAGUUCGUUUAAUAGUUUAUUGCAUACUUGCAAAGGGGGUUGAACCUAGAAAGAGUAUUACACUUUCUGCGAUGUCUCAGGAUGGUCCAAUGAGGUUGGAAAUUCCGAUUGAUCCCGUCACAUUGCAAGGAACUAAGAUACAUACACUUGCAGCGCGUAAACUUAUUCAAAAUCUUGAAGAUGGAACUUCAUUUCUUCAUAAACAUCAGAAAUAUCGAGGAAAACAAGUUCCUAAUUCUAUUGUUCGUAAUCAGAUCGUUGCUUUAGGUAAAACAUAUAACUUGGCAUCUCGUUAUACUAGUUUUAUAGCGAUUGACGAACGAGAUGUAGAUAUGACUAAAGAACAAGAUGUAGAUAUGACUAAAGAACAAGGCUAUAAACCAUUACAAAUGGUGGUGCCAAACUAUACCCCACCUAAUUAUCAAAAGGUUGGAUUUGGAAGUAACCAAUCCAAUUUUCCUGUGUUUUCCCAACAAAAUUCUCAGACUAUUGGAUUUGGCCAAAUCCCAUGCCAUAUGUCAUUUAAUAGUUUGAUUGCCAAACCUGUUUUUGGAGCAGCUAGCUACUUAUCCGGUAAAAGAGAACAAAUGUCAAAUCAACCGAAUCUAUCUCAAUUUGGUGGAUUCGCAGUUCCAACUAGUACACAACCUCAAGCAUUCAAUACAUCAAGUUCAAAUAUACCAUUUGGUGGAUUCAAUAAUCGAUCUGGUGGAUUUACAGCAACUCUAGCAACCGGCCCACCACUAUUUAGACAAAAUAGGUUGAAUAGUGGUGGAUUUGGAUCAGCAACUCAAACAGCCACAACUCAAACAGCCAGUCAAUCACUAUUUGGACAAAAUACGUCGAAUAGUGGUGGAUUUGGAUUUGGAUCAGUAGCUCAAUCAGCAACUCAAACAGUCAGUCAACCACUAUUCGGACAAAAUACGUCGAAUAGCGAUAAUGGUAGAUUUGGAUUUGGAUCAGUAACUCAAUCAGCAACUCAAACAGUCAGUCAACCACUAUUCGGACAAAAUACGUUGAAUAGCGAUAAUGGUGGAUUUGGAUUUGGAUCAGCAACUCAAACAGCCAGUCAACCACUAUUUGGACAAAAUACGUCGAAUAGCAAUUAUGGUGGAUUUGGAUCAGCAACUCAAACAGCCAGUCAAUCACUAUUCGGACAAAAUACAUUGAAAAGCAAUAAUGGUGGAUUUGGAUUUGGAUCAGCAACUCAAACAGCCAGUCAACCACUAUUCAGACUAAAUAUGUCAAAUAGCGAUAAUGGUGGAUUUGGAUUUGAAUCAGCAACUCAAACAGCCAUUCAACCACUAUUUGGACAAAAUGCGUCGAAUAACGGCCAAUCAUUAUUUGAAUCAAUUACGUCGAAUGAUGGUGGAUUUGGAGCAGCUUUUGGAUUAACAACUCAAACAGUCAGUCAACCAACAUUUGGAACAGCUUUUGGAUCAGCAACUCAAACAUCCAGUCAACCAACAUUUGGAACAGCUUUUGGAUCAGCAACUCAAACAUCCAGUCAACCAACAUUUG